AUGCUAGGUGGCGGAAUGUCGGCGUCUGCCACGCUCGAAGUGGCGCCGAUGAAAGGGAUCGGGUCUGUGCUGCCCCUGCUGGCGGCCUACGCGCUGUGCAUGCUUUGGCAGUGGGUCGGUGAUCUGUGGCGCUCUCGAGCGCAUGCAGAGUGGCAAUGGGCGUGGGGCAAGGUGGCGGCGCUGUGGCUCGGCGCCGCGGUGGUUUCCGCCCGCUGGCCCAUGGCGCGGCGAAGGGACUCGCGUCGACAGCGGGGGGAGGGGGAGGCGGCGGCACAGGGGUCAGAAUUCGAAACUAGAGAGUCGGGAGGGAGCGGCAAGGGGAUGAGUCGCGAGAACGGGCAGAAGAUUUUGGAGAAUAUCAGCCCGGUUGGAAAAUCUGCGGUGCCAAAGGUGGCCUGCAAGAGGGGUUGCCAGCCAAGCCUGCUGCAAUCCCGAGGCAUUCGGCCGCCAUCCUCGAAGACCAUGACCGUCGUCGUUGAUUUGGACCACACGCUGCUGGCGUGCUACCCCCUGGCCUCCGUGCCGCGGGAUGUCCUGGCUGCCGUGGACUCGGGCAAGGUCAGGGGCACGCGCUUCCAAACCAGGGACGGCGCCUCCGUGGUGCUGGCCGCGAGACCGGGCGUGGAAGAGUUCCUGACCCGCGUUUCAGACUUCGCGGAAUUGGUCCUGUUCACGGCAGGGGAGGAGGCCUACGCCCAGCCCCUGGUGCAGUGGCUGGACCCGACGGGGAGCCUGUUUUCUGCGUGUCUGUUCCGCGACGCCACGGUGAGGACUCGGUACCACGAGAACGUGAAGGACCUCUGGGCGCUGGGGCGGGAUCUGAGCAAGACGGUCCUGGUGGACGACAAGCCCCUGGCGGGGCACCUGCAGCCAUUCAACCUGCUGCCCUGCCCGCCGUUCCUUGGGGACCCGUAUGACAGUGGGCUGCUUGGGACGGUGCUUCCCUGCCUGGAGGUCCUGCAGGGUGUGGAGGACGUGCGGCCCGCCCUGAGGCGGGGCUUCCGCACGGAUGAGUACUUCAAGUCGUGCAGGAUACCUGGAGAGUAUUUGAGGCGGGCGGUUGCCAACCAGGGAUGCACUUGCCAUCUACAACUCAAGCCAGUCAGCCACGAGUAUCUGGAGCUCAUGUCCUGA